AAUUCCAGUCUGUUGCUUCGCCAAGAAAAACCCUCUUUUUUUUCUUUCGUCUAAAACCCUAACACUUCGCACAGUUAAUCAAAUGGCUGAUUCAAUUCUUUCCGUAGAAAAGCUCAAAGCUUUGUUGAACUCCCAAAUUCAUGAUGAAGAGAAGUGGGCCCUCAAUAUGAAAUUGCUCCGUGCCGCUGGACUCUUUGCUGGUUCCAUCUUCCUGAUGCGAAAUUAUGGCGAUCUCAUGGCAAUAUAAGAGCAAUGAACAGUCACGUCAUUGUGGAGGCGGCUCGUAUCUCCUAGUACUUUAGCAACAUUUAGGUUUUAGCUGUUGUUUUUUUGGUAUUGGUCUCUCUGAGAAUUACAACAAACAGAUCACCAAAUUUAAUUUAUGAGGCCAUGUUUUCUUUAUGAAAUGUAAUGCUAUGAUUCUUUUUCAUGUUGCUCCAUUUCACUACUCUAAUGAAGCCUCCCAUUCAAGGCUUAAGCUAAAGCUUUGUAAUGAAUUUUUUUCGGUUA